AGGAGAGUGCGAAAAGCGAGUAAAGGCCGGCCGGUCGUUCCAGGCCCGUCGGGGGUCUUUUCGUGAUCAUUAGGCGGUAGCCAAAGGGUCGACGGGGUUGCGGUGCGAGAGCAUUGCUAUAAAACGAGUCGUUGUAGGCCCGUUGCCCGUUAAAUCGAUCUUCCCUCUCAAAUGUGCCGCACAGAGUGACUUCGAAUAAGAGCGCAAUUCAUUGCUCAAUCCAUCGCUUUGUCAAUCUACCAUUAAUUAAAUUGACUAACAACCGUAAUUAAUAUUGUUGAUGACAUUGUCAACCAGUUGAAUAUUUCAACUCCCGUCGCUUUCACUCAAAUAUAAUUUGGCAUUUUCUCACUGCUAAUCGAGGAGUUUAGUGCACUUGUGAUAUUCCGAUAUUUACCAGUGAUAAUUUUCGUUACGUCUUAAAACCGGUGUGUGCAGAUCAUUUGGGAAGGAAAAAUUGCUGAAACAGGCGAACUGUAUUUAAGAAGCACUUUGAACUGCGGGAAGUGAUUGGUCAUGAAGACAUCGGCGGAACUGCAGCAGUACAAAAAAUGUAUCAUUCUAUUCAUGAUUGGUGUGAUCAGCAGUGCUCUCGCUUACGCAAUUUAUGCUGUUGAUCCCGCAAAAUUGAUAUUCGAACAUAAAUUGACCAUGACCCCAACGUCCACAGUCUACCUCAUGUGGAAGAAGCCACCGAUUGAUGUUUACAUCAAAGUUUAUGUUUUCAAUAUAACGAAUUCAGAGGCGUUUCUCAGGGGAGAGGAGAAACUCAGAGUUGAAGAAGUCGGACCCUAUGUUUAUCGGGAAGUUCUGGAACACACAAAAGUCAUAUGGCAUGACAAUGGAACGAUUUCUUAUACACCAAAACGCACCGUCUACUUCGUUCCAGAAAAGUCUCGGGGAAAUCCCUUGAAUGAUCUCGUUAUGGUUCCCAAUGUUCCGAUGUUGGGUGUCUCGUCAGCCGUCUACGAUCGAGGAUUCAUCGUUAACUAUCCUCUGGCAGAACUAGCGCACGCAUUAAAUAGCAAACCAAUUUUAAACAUGUCCAUCUACGAGUACCUGUGGGGCUACGAGGAUUCCUUAGUGCGCUUGGCAUCUGGAAUUGUCCCCAACUUCAUCAACUUUCGUAAAUUUGGAUUGCUGGAUAGGAUGUACGACGAAGGCGAGAACAUCGUCAACAUGAACAUUAAGAAGCGAGAAAACAUGAUUGAGGAGGCGGGCCGAUACCUCAGCAUUGAGACGUACAAUGGCAGUCCGGGUAUGGCCCACUGGGGCUACAAACAACCAGAAGCCGACGAGACGGUACCUGGCAAUACCAUCUGUAAUGAGAUUCGGGGUGCAACGGAGGGCACUCUAUUCCCCCCAAACAUCGAUAAAGACGUCGUGUUCAGGGUUUUCCGCAAGGCUUUCUGCCGGGUCCUGCCAAUUGUCUUCAAGAACGAGACGUACGACGAAGGCCUACGCGUCUUCGAAUACAAAUUCGCCGAUGAUUUCCUCGAUCCACCUGAGAUGAACUCCCACAACGAAUGCUAUUGCAGGAAAAUGCAAACGUGCCUGAAGAGGGGACUCUCGGAUCUCACUCCAUGUUACUACAAUAUCCCCGCAGCCGUCUCACUGCCCCAUUUCCUGGAUGCUGACCCAAGCCUCCUUGAAGCGAUUGAGGGACUCAAACCAGACGUCGAGAAGCAUCGCACGAGAAUUUUCAUCCAGCCGGACGUGGGAGCGCCAGUUCACGUUAACUCCAGGAUACAAACGAAUUUAGUGAUGCAACACACUGUGUAUAAUCCUCGAAUCAAAGCUUUCAACGGUCUCGUCGUUCCACUUUUUUGGUCAGAUCUGGAAAUAGCGAAAGAAGGUAACGAGCUCAUUCCAUUGAUGCGUCUUUUGCUGGUGAUAGCACCAAUUGCUCAAACGUCUUUGGUCUACACCCUGACUAUAGUCGGUCUGGCAACGUUCGUGUUAUCGAUAAUUGGGACCUUUUGGGUUCUUAAUCAACAGACUGAGGAAUACCAUGACGAGAUGAGGGAUAGUCUAGAUCUUCGCAUGCCCCUUGGAAUGGGUCAAUACACAGCUAUUCACAUUUUGCCAGCGAUAAAAAAAAUAACUUCCAAAACAGAUCUUUUCGGAUAAUAAUGAUAAGAAAUAAACCGUCAUUAUUUUUAUUUGCAUUAUAAACUAAUGAUAACAAGGUGCUGUCAGACACAGAAGUACUUAAAAACCAAGAAACUUGAAUUUUUGUUGGAAAAUUGUCGUUUCUUAACUCUCACAACUGAAUGGAGAGUUUGUUUUUUCUUUGUAAUGUUUUUUUUUGAAAAUGGAAAUUGAAGAUCCGAUAGAAUUAUCCCGAGAAUUCCCUGGGGUUUUCAAUGGACACUUGUCCAUGGUGAACUUGUAAUUGUUUAAUUAACUAUCAAUUAGUGUACAGUACGUAGAAAUGCGAGUUAUAGGAGUUGGAGAAAAUCAAAUUAUAAGACUGAUUGAGACAAACAUGUCUCUUAAUAGAUAAAAUGUCAGAUUACAAAUGACCUGAUUCAUUUUAAGUGAAGGAUGAGUGUGGCAGUGAGGCGUGCCAUUUUUUAUUCUACGAGAUCGUCCGCGCGUGCUACGCACGCGCCAUCUUUUCCAAAUCAUAAGAAUUGAAAACUCUAGAAAAUGAAUGCUCUUAUUCUAUCUUCGAAGUUAAAAUUAAAACUCAUGGAAAAAGACAAUUGGGAAAAUCUUAAUAUAUUUCGAUUGCUCUAAGAUUGCAUAUACUAUACAGUGCGAGGCAGCAUACGGUAUACAGAAUCGAGAACAUUUCCGCAAAUUCGAGAUUUAGCUAUAAUAGCGACAGCAAUCAGUCAAGUCAGGAAGAGGGCGUUCUUAGUCUCAUAAUAAUCUAAUCUAAUAAUUAAAGAUUUUCUAAUUAUUUGUGAACAUCAAAUUAUGCGAUUGAGAUUAUUUAUUCCCUUCACAUAACCAAGAACAUCGCUGCUUGCGAAUUUUUUUUCGUGAGUAGUAGUGCAGGAGACAUUGUUGCCGCACUAAGGUGUAUACCUGCGACUUACAACCGUAGGGAAGGUUCAAACUGAAUGUCUGCAAAAAAAUCGCGUUUUAAAUUUUUAUUAAUGAAACCAUUAACUCCAAACCUAUGCCACUUGCGUUCAAUAAACAUUUACAGGAGUGGGACGGAUUUUGAAAUGAAAACAAAAAUAAUGUUCCAACAAUUAUAAUUGACAUUACAACAUAUGUUAAGAACUAUGAACAAACAUUAACAUGAAUACAUCCUUUGUAUCACUUAUCUGUGAUUCCGGAGAGCUUUAUCUACUUUAAUCAUAAAAUUAAUUAGUCUUCAGUUUUCUCUGUUAUAUAUAAAAAAUACAAAUGUUUAGUAAUACUUUUUCUUCAAAAACAGGGCCAUAUAUUGAAAUAAAUUCUGAAUAAAUACUAAUGUUCAUGAAUAGAUUAUUAUAAUUCCAUCUGUUUUGGUUGUUAAAGCUAAAUGAGUAUUAACCUUACUGCUAUGAAGUUGGCAGUCUUUAAAAGUAAAAAAUCAAAUUCUUAAAGAGCUCAAGCUUGUCAAUGUUUCAUUUUUGUGUAAAAAAAUAACAGUAUUAAACUUGUUAUAGAAUUCAAUUUUUGCGUAAAAAAAUAACAGUGUUAAACUUGUUAUAGAACUCAAUUUUUGUGUGAAAAAAUAACAGUUUAGAACUUGUUAUAGAAAAAAUUUUCAAUUUUGCAAUUGAACUUCCAGAGUAAAUAGCCCGUCAUUAAAGCUAUUCAGCUUUCAGUUUCUGAAACAAAAAAGAUUAUCUGUUCUUAAUAACUGUUUAAUGAAUGAUUCAAUGCAUUUUCAUUUAUAUUUCCAUAGAAAAUUUUUUUUUAUUAAUGUUCUAAUGAAAAUAUUAUACUGAAUUCUGCUUGAAACUAA